UACUACCCCUCAAGCAUGGGGCUUUUUAGGGGGGAGGUUGUCUGCCCCUUAACUAAAUGUAGACCCUGGGUCCACCGGUCCAAACGCACUUAGUUAAAGGAAAGUCCCUCUGCUCGAAAAACGCCUUAUGGCCGCUUGCUACCAACCCGGAAGUCCGUGUGCGGUCAUCCUCUCGCUCUGUUCCUCAGUCUUUGAGAGGAGGUGGAUCUGAACCUAACAAGCGAUCACAUUGGGAAAGACACCUUGGUAUUGACACUACAUUGAACCAGAACCACCGUAACACCAGGACAGGAUGCCAGGAGGGACCAGCAGAGUGUUCAGGUUAUGUUUACGCCACACGGCUCUGCUCCAAAGAUGUACACAUCACAGCUCUUCCCUCCAGACCUCCAGACCCCUCAGCUCCCUCAGGGAAGGCAAACGCAGAGGGCUUCUGUGGAAGACACUGCUCGGCAUCUCGGUCGGUGUUCCCGUGGCAGUGGGUGUGCAGUACGCUGCGUCAGAUCACAGAGCGAGGAGGAAGAUGAGGAUCGUGAUUGAAGGAUUCGGUCGCUUCUGCAGGUCUCUCUCUGUAGGAGUCUUCAUCUCUGUGGAUUACUGGUGGACCACCAAUGUGUCUCUCCAGGGUCUCGAUGAGAACAGCCCAUCCUACCUGGCUGAGCUGUCAGCGUGCCACCAGAGGGCAGCAGAGUGCAUGGUGGAAGGAGCUGUAAAGAACGGAGGGAUAUACAUCAAACUUGGUCAAGGUCUGUGUUCCUUCAACCACCUCCUCCCCCCCGAAUACAUCCGUACCCUGCAGAUACUUGAAGACAAGGCCUUGAACAGGAAGUACAAAGAGGUUGAUGCUCUCUUUCAAGAAGACUUCAACAAAACCCCGGAGCAGCUUUUUAAAACCUUUGACCACGAUCCCAUCGCUGCUGCCAGCUUGGCCCAGGUUCAUAAGGCUGAGCUGUUUGACGGGACUCCUGUGGCUGUGAAGGUGCAGUACAUUGACCUCAGGGACCGGUUCGACGGAGACAUCAGGACAUUAGAGAUCCUGCUGGAUAUCGUGAAGUUCAUGCACCCCAGCUUUGGAUUCCGCUGGGUUCUGAAGGACCUUAAAGGCACACUGGCUCAGGAGCUGGACUUUGAAAAUGAGGCCAGAAACUCUGAGAGGUGUGCAGAGGAGCUGAAACACUUCUCUUUUGUUGUUGUACCCAAAGUGUUCUGGGAGCAGACGAGUAAGAGAGUGUUGACUGCAGAGUUUUGCCACGGGUGCAAAAUCAACAAUGUAGAGGAGAUUAAGAGACAAGGACUGAGUUUGAAAGAUACUGCUGAUAAACUGAUCCGAACAUUCGCUGAGCAAAUAUUCUACACCGGGUUCAUCCACGCUGACCCUCAUCCUGGGAACGUUCUGGUGAGACCAGGUCCUGAUAAGAAGGCAGAGUUGGUGCUCCUGGACCACGGCCUGUAUGAAUACCUCAGUCAGCGGGACAGAGCUGCCCUUUGUAAACUCUGGAGGUCCAUAGUCCUGAGAGACGAGGCAGCAAUGCAGAAGUACUGCAGCGCACUGGGGGUCAAAGAAUAUUUCCUCUUCUCCGAGAUGCUGCUGCAGCGACCCAUCAACAUGCGCGAGCUGGGCCUGUCCAACAUCCUGAGCCGGGAGGAGACGGCCUACAUGCGUGAGAUGGCCAUGCAGCGCUUCGGAAGCAUCAUGCAGGUGUUGAAGUCGAUGCCUCGGCCCAUGCUGCUCGUCUUCAGGAACAUCAACACGGUCCGAAGCAUCAACAUCACUCUGGGAGCUCCUGUGGACCGCUACUGCGUCAUGGCCAAGAGCGCGGUGCGAGGCUGGGGGAAGAUUCAGGCCGAGAGGACGAGGAUGACCAGACUCUGGAUCUUUAGCUGGGUCAGAUCAACAUGGGAAGGUUUCAAGUUUGAACUGGUUCUAAGAUGGGAGAUGGCGUCGAUGAGUGUGACGCGCUGGUUCCUGAGCACGCUGUCGUUCUUUGGUCUUGUAUCUCUGGAUGCAGAGAUGUACGAGUACCUGAGGUAGUUCACGCUACUGUCACAAAGAGCAGAGAAGAAGGAGCGAUACCAAACCUGAUAAUGCAGUCCUACAGCUUUCCUCACCACUGCUCCACACCAAAUUCUCCUGAACCCUGAGGACGCACGGGACGUUUUCAGCUUCAGGACUUCGAAAGCACCAAAACCUGAUCCAACCACUCAGAACUCAACAUCCUGUUUAAGUUCUUUUUAAUUUAAUGAAUAAUUUUAUAUAUUUUUAGUAUUUAAAAUGCCGUUUUAUAAAGUGAUAUCUCAGUACAGCAAUGUUGAUGAUUUGAAGCUGCAGUUUCUUUUGAUGAAUCAGGAAACGUUGAUCAUAUCAGGAUCUUGUAGCAGCUGCAGCAUCUUCAAAGUGACUCUGUGUUCCAGGAAUGAGCCAAAUCUAACGUAAUGACACUAAAGCUACGUCCUGCUGGAGUUAGACCUGAACCAUGACAUGUUUCAUGUUGCAUCACACUGUGGUAACCUCGUCAUAUUUCAGUAAGAAAAAACGCAGCUUUAAUAAUGGAAACAAAUCAAUGUGUGAAGAAGACUUCUUUGCUUUAAAUUAGCCGUUAGAGUUACUGUGAAGAAUCAAAGAGCCCAGUGCCACCUCAUCCAGUGUUUUUAAGAUUAUCUCAUGCUGUCAAUAAAAGGUUUUACCUCUUUUUAAUAAA